AUGUUAUGGUUACAGGUUGUGGCGCUGGCCACAACGGCAGCCGGUUAUGUGGUCACCACGAUGGCCAACCAAAAGGCCACGUGCUAUCUCUACCCCGAAUCGUUGCGACACGAUGGCCAGGAGGUUGAUGAUGCACCUUCAAUUCACCAAGCCUUUGCGACUUGCGGCCAGAAUGGCGAUGUCGUUUUUACCGACGGUGUGUUCAAUAUACAGUCGGUCAUGAAUACAACAAACCUGGCCAACUGCGACGUCCUACUACAAGGAGAACUUCGUUUCUCGACCGACAUCGCCUAUUGGCUGUCUCACUCAUAUAACGUUGUUUUCCAGAACCAAUCUACAGCCUGGCUUUUCGGCGGCGAGAACGUCACUUUCCGCGCUGAUGGUGGCUGGUAUAAUGGACAGGGUCAAGCGUGGUAUACCCAGAACGAGAAUCACAGCAACCAGCCAGGACGGCCGAUCAGUAUCACAUUUACUGAAUCUAAGAAUUUGCUUGUCGAUGGGUUGCGUAUCGUUCAACCGCAGUUCUGGGCUACGUUCGUUACAUACAGUCAAAAUGUCUCGAUCACGAAUCUUUACGUCAAUGCGACAAGUAAUGAUCAAUGGGGCACUGUCAACACCGACGGCUACGAUUCAUGGAACAGUGACACGCUCCUUGUCGAGAAUGCUAUCGUCCAGAAUGGCGACGACUGUAUCGCAGCUAAGGGAAACACGACCAAUCUCCACGUCAAGAAUGUCACUUGCUACGAUAAUUUCGGUAUGACCAUCGGGUCCGUUGGCCAAUACCCCGAUUUCCCUGACUAUGUGGAAAAUGUCACUUUCGAAGACGUCACUUGUAUCAACUGCAUGGAAGGUGCAUUCAUCAAGACCUGGCAGGGAGUCACAAACGACAACAACUUGAACAACAACGCCGGUGGCGGCGGCAGCGGCGUGAUCAAGAACGUGACAUAUCGCAACUUCGACAUGACAAACGUCGCUCUUCCAAUCCAGAUCUCGCAAUGUAUCUACACCGAGGCAGAUGGUAAAUACUGCAACACCUCCAAGAUGGCUAUCCAGGACAUCACAUGGUCGAACAUCAAAGCGACCACGCGGUAUAAUGUUGGUGCCUCGAUCUAUUGCUCUGAUGUUCACCCGUGCCCGGGUAUCAAGUUCGAGAACGUGCAACUCGAGUCGGUGAAUAGCACACUCGGAUUACCGAUGUACGGAACCACCUUGCAGGACGAAGUUUAUCAGUGCAAAAACAUGCUCGGACAGGAAACUUCCGGUGUCCCUUGCAACCGAGUUGCGCCUAAUAAUUACGGUCAGGUCGUGACCUCUAAUAUCAAAGAAUAG